CGCAGGCCCAAAGCAGAGUGCCAACUGCGCUUGUUGGACAAUCCGUCCCUGCACUGCGUUGCGUGCUUAUGGAAUUUCGCAAUAAAAACUUGACGGUCACGAUUGGGAGUCAGGGCGGAGUUUCGGUAUGUUAUUCAACGAGCAGAUGGCAUGGACUAUCACUGUGACGGACAUGCAAUUAUAAACCGUCACGGUGUUAAUUCACUGAACGCAGAAAUAAGAGCCUCUAGUUUGCAUUUAGCCUUUACUCUACCAUUCACUGGCAUAUUCAAGGCAAGGAAAUAAAAAAGGGUGACCUCGUCUGCCGUCCUCGGCACAGGAGCACGGUGAAAACCAAAAUUCACAAUACAAGCGAGAACGCAUCAUUAGGCAAACUGUAAGACAGCCCAAUUGAACUCUUUUGCUGUGAAAUCCGAGGCCAGGCGAGUCUAACAUACGUCUGCACGCAACUGGAAGAGAGAGAAUCGUCAAUUCUGUAUCCAUCCUAAUUCCAACUUCACCCAUGUUUAGAAUGCAAGAUUGAUCAGUGAGACACAAGGAACGAUGGUACUGUUAAUCUUAACGCUGCUGUUCCUGGUGAGGGGAAACUCCAUUGGUGAUUGCAUGGCUGAAGUGCAAAAUAAUGUCGGCCAGAAGUUCAUCUUCGCCUAUGCUGAGAACUACCGGCCCAAUGCUGACCCUUCGGUUAUUGUUACCAACAUGUCUCCCCUGGACCAUGCUGUCGUCGCUAUCACCAUCACAACGCCUGUGCACGGUCUUAUCAAGACCGUUACACUGCAGGGUUGGGGCAACUCAGAGCAAGUCACCUUACCUAGGGAACUCGUCCCAGUCAGCCCUGAUUUUGACAUGGUCGCAAUCAUAGUCCAGGCCAACGAUUCUGUGACUGUCUACGCUAUCAACGAUGCUCACGAAUAUUCCAUGGAUGGUUUCACAGUCUUGCCAGUCAGUUCGUUAGGCACCGAGUACUUUGUGGCUUCCUAUACUCCACUCUUUCAGUCACAGAUCGUUAUCGUGGCCACUAAGGACAAUACCGAAGUGGAGGUUGAACUGUCGAAUACCGUCACAUACAAGAAUCGUGAGGUGGAGGGAGGCAACAUCAUCUUGAUCGACGCCAAGGGCUACGAUGCUACGCUACUGAGAGGCGGAACGGAUUUGACGGGAACAAGGGUCCGGUCCAAUCAUCCUAUUGCCGUGUUAUCGGGUAAUCGCUGCACACGUGUCCCUGUUGAUGUCGACUCCUUUGACCACCUCAUGGAGAUGCUGCCUCCGUUCAGCCAAUGGGGACGGCAGUUUGUCGUCAUGCCAUUUCUUGGUCGGUCCACGGGUGUAAUCUACCGAGUCAUCAGCGGCCGUGACAAUACGGAGAUCACUGUGAAUUCAAAGAUGAUGCGACUGCAGAAGGAACAGUACCUGGAGUUCGAAGUUGGUGUCGGCCAGAGUGACUUCGUUGAGUCAAACAACCCCGUUCAGGUUGUACAGUACGCUAAAGGACUUCAUGCUGACAAUGUCAUUGGAGAUCCUGCUAUGACCAUCGUUCCACCUAUGGAGCAGAGCAUCCAAACGGCUUGGUUGCCAACCUAUAACACGACCAAAGUCCUCCAGACGGUGCAAAACUACGUCAAUAUCUAUGCCCCGUGUACCGAAAUGUACUAUGGGAAUUUAACGAUGGAUGGCAUGGUCCUUCGUGACAUCGUACCGGCAGAUCGGAUCGUACGGAUAGACAGCUCUGCCUACUGCGGCGUGGGUUUGUAUCUCACCCACGGGGUGCACGACAUUGGCCCAGCAGCGCAGGGCAGGGAAAGCUUCGUCGCCAUUGCCUACGGUUUUGCUGAGCGGAACGCUUUCGCCUGGCCAGUGGGGCUGGGCACACGGGCCAUCACCUGUCUGUACCGGGGACAGGACGGCGUUCAAUUGGAACACGACUGCAGCAAAGCGCUCGUCAUUCAGCACAUUCCCUGCAAUGCAUCAGAGACUGUCGAUGUCGAUGAAUGUGUUAAUGUGGACUGCGUACCAAACGAAUACGUCAUCUACAUCUCGGCUGGAGUGGCCGUCGGCGCCAUCAUCCUGUCGAAACUCUUCAGCGUUUGUGUCAUCCAAAGAACAAAGACGCCCAAACAACUGGCUUUUGGACAAGCUGGUGUGGUAUCACCUCCACCUGACAUUGCCGUACACCAUGGGAGCGACGAAGACUUGGUCAUCGAGAAGGCCGCCACAGCCACAUCACUGCGUCCCCCUUCCCCUCAUGCUCCGCGGAGGUCAUUUAGGUCGGAGAGAGCAGAUCGAAUGCGGCGUUCCUCCCGGAGUCCUUCGCCUGCACCUAGCUCCUUCGCCUAGGUGCGCGCUGCCGCUUUCUUUUUUGUGUGGACCUCCUUCGGAUGACUUUCUGCGUGUAGGGGCUGGGAAAGUGUUGAUUUGCUGUCUGACAGACAUUUGAUUUUACUGGGAGAGAAUGUAUUUUACUGUCUUCUGAAGAUCUGUUGCCAAAGUGAGGCUUUAUGGUGUACUAUUUACAACACACAUUUCUGCCUCAAUUCCUAAGACGACGUAACUUCACGACGCGACGGCACGACAGCUCUCUUGCGUCGAGCCGUCGCGUCCCAUCGUUGCGUCGCACCGUCGCCUUCUUACCAUGAAUUUCGUACACGUACACACACGACGCGUCGUUCCAAGCCGUGGACAACAAUGCUCGUUUCUGGCACGACCUUACAUCAAAAUAAAAGAAUCAAACCAAAUCGAGGAAAAUGUACAACAUGUGUAAGUCAGGGAAACUGUGAUUUUGCACUCUCUCUGGUCUUCAGGGAUAGCUAUUAAAUGAGGAUUAACCUAUUCUGCCAGUGUGCCUAAGAGGCAUAUAGCAAUGCCCUAGGCCUAAAUAUAAAUCUCCUGUCAUGAAUUCAGUGGAAUUUGUCGGUUCAAGCUGAUUGAUCUUCUUACCUGGCAUUCCACGUUUCACAUUCAAACGCCAAGAUUUCUAUAAGGUGUUGUAUAUAUAAAAUGACAUGUAUAUGGUAAAAUUACGUAUGCACAUAUGCAUAUACUUGUAUUGGUCUUUACAUUAUGCAGUCCAAUAUUAUUUUUAUCCUGAAAUAAUGUGAAUUAGAUAAGGGUUUACAGUCUAGCUGCCACUGUAAUAUGCCACUCGAAUGUAAAUUGUAAUACUAUAUGUAAUCCUGCAAGGGCAAGACAAAAGAGAUAUUCGCCAUUUUUAUGUAUUCUUGGGUAUACCAAGAAAGCUAUCCUAUAACGAAAUGAUCCACUUUGUAAUUAUGCAAGAAACGCAUUCACAGGUCUAUGUAUAGUGCAAAAAUGUUUGCUAUUCAUGCUGCUACACAGUUUAACGUAUAUCUGGGUGGUUCACGGUUCCAUGGUUAUUAGGUAGAUAUGGAAAUCGUUUUCGGGAGAACAAUUCUAGUGUACAAUGAUUCGCUAAUGUAAACUGACAGACUGAAGUACCUACAUGUAAGCCCAGAUACGAUUCAAGAGCGUCGCGCAUCAAAGUCACUUUUUAAAUGGUUCUCCCACACAGGAGAUUUGCGCCAUGCAUGUGGUCAUUUUUCCUAAUAGAACAAAGACUUGGUGCCCCUUUCUUUAGCAAAGUAUCUGAGCCCUUGGCUGAUUAGAUCAAGGACAGUGUGUAUGAGUUUUGUUGGGCUGUUGUUGGUCUUAAAGAUCAUCACAUACUGCUUUAUACAUUUUUAAUUAAUCCUUGAAGUCUUCAGAUCAUGUCGGAAUUUGAAAAAAAAAGGAAGCAAAACUUGAAUAGACUUAUGUGCGUUGUAGAAUUGAUCCUUUCCUUAUGUAAUUUCUCCUUUAAAACUCCAACUUGCGUUUGUUUCAGUUUUCUUCCCAAAUCCAUCUUCAUAGACUUUCACUCCAAGUAAUUUCGACUAAAAGAAAAUUAUUAUAUUUUAUAAUUAUAUCAUUAUAUUUGUUCUGUUUUUCUUCUCAAAUCUCGAAUCUUUUAUGCUUUAAAACCACUUAACGGUGAAAAUGGAAUGAGUGGAAAGCAAUGGGAAAUAAAAUUCCAAAUCGGCCG